AUGAAACAACAAAUUAAGCUAUUCUUUUUUGUUAAAAUUGUAACAUUUAACGUUUUAACAUGGAUAUGUCAUUUUAAUAGUGAUAUAAGUACCUUUUAUAAUUAUUCAUAUAAGAACUCCCAAGUUUAUAGAAAAUUAGAUACUAUAACUUAUCGAUUACUAUCAAAACAUAAAAAAGAAAAGAGUUCAAAUAUUCUAUGGAUGGAAGAAGAUAUGCAAAAUACUGGUACGUAUAUAAAAAAAGAUAUAUCUAGUAAUAAGGGGACCACAGGAAAAAGUAAACAUCUAUGUAAAAGUUUAUUAAAUAAUAGGGGAGUCUAUGGGAAAGUUGAGGAAGGCAAACCUCCUUCAUUUAAUGGAGGGAAAACAUAUUUUGAUAAAUUUAUAUUCAAUAAAAUAAAUUAUAUAAAGGCAGUUAAGGAAAGUGCAAAUUCUGAUUUUAUGUUUUUAAGAAAAUGUAUACAAAGAAAAAUAAAUAAGGUUUUUGCUUUAUUUAUAUUCUUUCUUAUACCUAUAAUAGUUGUAGCAGCUAUUUUAUUCAUAUUUUAUAUUAGUAAUGUAUCAGAUAUAAGAUUUAUUAGUGGAAUAGGUACACUAUUAGGAGUAAUAUGUUUUAUAUUUUUUGCCACCUUUUUUCGUUUAUACAGAAAAACUGUAAAAUAUGAAAAAUUAAUAGAUGUAAAAAGAGAAAUGCACAGUACAGCAUAUCCUUCUUUAGGUAAAGUAGUCAUUUAUAAUAAUUAA